AUGGAUUCUUCUUUAGAUUCAGAUAAAUAUAGCCCGAACCUUGCUUUGGAUAGGGCUUGUCUGAUGUCUCCCGAAGUCAGUUGAGGAGUUGAUAAGCCAAUGCUCGUUGGUGAAGUCAACUUGCAUAUGGCAAAUCCUCUUUGCUGGUGAUAUGCCAUCUGUGAGCUAACCUUGCCAACAAACCUUGGUUUGUCAACUCCCCAUCUUACUUCGGGAGACAUCAGACAAGCCUUAUCCAAAGCAGAGAUCGGGCAAUAUUCUUCAUAUAUCGAGGAAAUUGAUCAAAGUCCAACUCGCCGCGUCAAUUGACCUCAAAACAGCAACUCAAUCCCUGGCCCUUUUCCUAUCGAAAGGCAAACUAAAACCCCAACAAUUGAUCUUAAAAGCCCAGCAGAAGAAGCAGGUAGAAUGAGUGCCACUGACUCCCCCCCCUUUAAAUUGGAACUAUAAUUUUUUUCCAAUUUAAAGGGGGGUUAAGAAAAUUUUUUUUUAAAAAAAAAAUCAUUAUAAAAUUUUUUAUAAAAAAAAAAUUUAUAUAAAAUUUAAAAAAACAAAAAAAUUUAUCGAAUUAGAUUAAUAAAUUUGUUUAAUAAAACGCUAUUUGCUCUUUAUCCUUUAAAACAAAGCAAGAUAUAACUAAAAUUUUAUUAUUAAUUGAUAUGCCACUAUUAAUUGGUAUCAAAACUAUUUACACAAAAAUUAUUAUUUUUAUUGAUAAAAAAAAUUUUUAGAAAAUUUAUUAAUCAGAGUGCUAAUUUUGUUUAAAUAAGAUGUUAUUUAUACUCUAUUCUUUAAAAUAAAGCAAGAGAUAAGUAAAUUUUGAUUUUUUGUAAAGAAUUCGUAUUGAAUUUAUAUCAAAGCUAUUUAAAUAAAAAAUAUCAUUUUUUUAUUAAAAAAAAUAAAAUGUUUUAAAAACAAAAAAAAUUAAAAUUUUUUUAAAAAUUUACAAUUAAGGAUAAUAAAUUUAUUUAAAUAAGAUGCUCUUUAUACUCUAUUCUUUAAACAAGAGCAGGAUAUAUCUAAAUUUUUAAUUUUAGUUAAGAAGAAAUAUUUAAAUUAUAUCAAAACUUUUUACAUAAAAAUUAUGAUUUAUAUAAAAUAAAUUUUUUAUUAUAAAAUUAAAUUUUGUUCCAAUUUAAAGGGGGGUUAAUUUACCAAAAAAGUGGAAAUUUUACCUAUAUUUUAUUCCAAUUUAAAGGGGGGGGAGUGAGAGUUUUGUAAGUAUGAAUAUAUUUACAUCCAGAUCUCCAGACCUAAAUGAAAGCCCAUUUGAGAAAAGAAAAAAUACUGAAGAUAUUUCGAUAGAAAAUAUUUCAGUUCAGCAGCAUAUCUUUUGUGCGGAUUGCAAAUGCUCAAGACAAAUUGUAUGUAGCCUGCUUUAA